AUGACUACACUCCCACCAGAGUUACGACCGCAGUUCCCCUCACCUCCACCUCCACCUGCUGAUAACACUACUACUGUUUGGGCUGAACAAUGGAGCCUUCAUGGUGGCGUCUGUGACAAUGGGUUUGGUGAAUAUCGGUAUGCAGAUUAUGCUUGUCAAACUAGCUUGUACUUGUCUCUAGUCUCAGAAGUUUGCAGAAAUGUGCUUGAGAGUGCAGCUACGUACUGUGACACAGUUGCUAAAGACUGGCCUGCUGGAUCUCCAUCCAAAUGUGCGACGUGGAUGGUGACGACAGGCUUCGAGUAUUGCCAUUCAGCAUAUGAAACCCUCUUUAGUGGGGUGUGCAUCUUUCAGUCAUCCGGUGGAUAUAGAGCUGGAUUCAGUGAAUAUACUUUUAAAAAGAAUGCCGACGGUGGAACAAACAGUAUAAUUAUUGUAACAUAUGGACAGUCAAUUGCUGCUAUUUUCUUGGAUAUGAUGCGGGAAAUGUACUCUAUGCUGCUUCCAUCUUGUGACUGUGUUGCCAUUUUGAGAGAAGAACAGGAUGAUGAAAAACAGCAGAUAUGGAAAACUAAUCUCGCAUUUACUCCUGAGUAUUGGAGUUUUGGUGCAUGCAUUAUUUAUACUGUGAAACUUCUUCACCUUACACUUACCCUCUUUCCAUCACCUGAUGCUGCUUUUAACUGUGAUACUUGCGGCUGCAACAGCCAUGGCUUCAGCUAUCAUUGUAGCCAUUGUGAUUUUGAUAUACACACUUGUGCUCAAAACCCGCUUUUCGUAACCAACCGAUAUCAUCCUCAUCCACUUCAGCUCACCUUUAACCUUCCUUAUCAAACUGAAGGUUUCUCCUGUGAUAUAUGUCAAAGAAUAGGAUCUAAUCAUUGGCUAUAUCGAUGUGCUACCUGCGAGUUUGAUGCCCACAUGGACUGUGCAAUGGGUAUCGUCUCGUCACCUUUGAGUCAACCUCAGCCUCAGCUUCAGCAUCAUAACUCCUUUCCUGGAAAUGGGAGUCAUCAAUAUCAGCAGUAUGGGAAUGCAGUAAUGAACCCACUUACAGGGCAUAGUGUUUAUCUAAAUAGCCAAAGUAUGGGAGCUAUGCAAGGUGGCUAUCAACAGCCGGCUGUAGUGAAUAACAAUAAUAAUGUUGUUAUGGAUGCAGUGGUUCAAGGGUUCGUUGAAGGAGCAGCGCGACAAGCUGGUCAGAGCUUUGUGCAAGGUCUUAUGGGUAAUGGUGGUGGUGGUGAUAAUGCUAGCAGUGCCUGUGAUUCGUCUUUCAGUAUAGGAUCUUCAAUUCUAAGCGGUGCUUUUGGUGAUUCUUGUUCUGAAAGUUAGAUGAUUAAAACGGUGGUCUUCCAAUUUAACAAACCUGAUAAAAGAAAUGAUGUUUAUUCUAUGUUUUGCAUGUAGCAGUAUAUGCGCAAAUGCAGCAUUUAAUCAUUCUUGUAAAUUGUAAUACUCAAAAUUGAUACAUACCAGAAAAUAAUAGGAGUUGAUCAACGUUGAUGUAAAAUUGCAACGAACAUUGUAUUUCGAUGUCUCAUCCCACUAUUAAAUGCAUUCUCAUAGCUUUUUUUACAGAAAAUAUGAAACAAAGUACAUCUUUUUCACC